AUGAUCAACAACGACAACAGAGCCGACCCGCCUCGCCGCCUCUCCUUGGGCGCCGCCAACGACUCCAUCGCCUUCGUCUUCACCUCCUCCAGGGCAUCCCCCGUCGCAACCCGUCCCGGCCCAUCCUGCUCCAGUCCCCCAAACCCAUCCCCGCGCUCCGCCCUCACCCCGGAGCAGCUCACCCGCCACUCCAAAGGCGCCACCGACAUCAGGGUCUCCGUCGCCGCCGCGAAGACGCCCAGGGGCUUUGUCCCGCUCAAGGAGCACCCUCACGACGUUCCGCGCCUGUGCACGCCCCCCAUCACCCCGUUCGAGGAGCGCGAUGGUCAAGAUAACCCGUUCUUCCCGCCCAUCGUCGUCCUGAAAGGGACCCCCGCGACCCACCCCAGACGUGACGCGGUCCCUUUCCCAGAAAAGGUAGUGUCCUCGUCCUCUUGGACACCGAACAGCCUUUCGAAUCCCAAGAAUUCAGCAUCCGAUUCGGACCGACCCUCGCUAGCCCCGUUUCGCUCUUCGGAGUCCACCCUCGUCGACCCUGCGGACAGGCAGAUCGGCUCGAGCAAGGGAUCGCCGGCGCCGUCGUCCAAACCGCUUGGGCCCUCUUACCCGGCCUCGCCGUUUGGCUUUCCUGAUCGCCGGGGCCGCAAAGAGCUCAGCCUCACAGAGCUCUUUACCCCGCCCAUCCCCACUCACCCCUCCACUAACACACGCCAUCGAUCCCACAAAGAGCAGCGAGAGCGAGGGGAUGGCCACAAAGACCGCGCGGCCAAGCAAAGCAAAGCAAAGCCGAGCGGGAAGGAAGACAAGGCUCGAGGAGGCGGGAGGGAAGACAAGACAAAAGAUCAUGAGAAGAAGCGGAAGACUCACCGCAAAGCCGCGUACUCUUCUUCGUCCGCCUCGGACGACGAAGGCAAGAAACUGGACGCCGAGAAGGCCAUCGCCAAGCAGAGCUGGUCAAAACAUUCCUCACUCCCUGCUGUGAACUCGGCGACUCAGGUCACGAAAUACCAAGCCGGCUAGUUUGGCGUCUUGCAUGGACGGAUCGGUUCCUCCUUUAUCCCAUCAUCCUUCUAUUCUGUCUUUGUCCCUUGGCGCAUACGUCGAGGUUGUUCCAACGAUCCACUGCACGGCUUUUUGCGCUUCUUCGCUUGCAUUUUCGUUCGCAUGCAUUUACCUCAGGUCCGAUCCCAUCAUGCCGCCACUCUUGUAUUUGUACGCAUAAUUUUCACGACAACGCCCCCUGAGACGGACUGCUCCGGUAGCACGGUCAUACACGGAGGCA